AUGUGCUGCCCGUGCUUGUGCUGCCUGUGCCUGCUGCUGCCCGUGCCUGUGCUGCCCGUGCCUGUGCUGCCUGUGCCUGUUGCUGCCCGUGCCUGUGCUGCCCUGUGCUGCCUGUGCCUGUUGCUGCCUGUGCGUGUGCUGCCCGUGCCUGUGCUGCCCAUGCCUGUGCUUCCCGUGCCUGUGCUGCCUGUGCCUGUUGCUGCCCGUGCCUGUGCUGCCCUGUGCUGCCUGUGCUUGUUGCUGCCUGUGCCUGUGCUGCCCGUGCCUGUGCUGCCCGUGCCUGUGCUGCCCGUGCUUGUGCUGCCUGUGCCUGUUGCUGCCCGUGCUUGUGCUGCCCUGUGCUGCCUGUGCUGCCUGUGCUGCCCGUGCCUGUGCUCCCCGUGCCUGUGCUGCCCGUGCCUGUGCUGCCUGUGCCUGUUGCUGCCCGUGCCUGUGCUGCCCGUGCCUGUGCUGCCUGUGCCUGUUGCUGCCCGUGCCUGUGCUGCCCUGUGCUGCAUGUGCCUGGUGCUGCUCGUGCCUCGUGCUCGCGCCCUCGUGCGCUCUGCUACUGUCUGCGCCCUCGUGCGCACUGUUUCUGCUCUCCCCCCCCCCCCCGUUUGCGACUGUCGCUGA